UGUACUAUAUAUAAACUCCUUCCUUCACCCAUACUUUUUACCAUUCACCGCCAUGCUACCACCACCACCACCCUCCUCCUCCUCCUCCCUUCUCUGACACCAGAAUGUCAUUUUCCGGCAACACCACCUUCCUACGAUGCUUCAAGUUCAACGAAUUCCCAACCGGAAAAACCACCGGUUUAUACUCCAGCGAUAUCCUCCCGUCUCUCGGAGCCAAUUUUAACCGCUCAGUUUCACUACGGAAAUACACAGUUUGCCCUUUCGAUAGACGUUACAGGGCCUGGGAGAUGUUUCUGAUUAUUUUGGUCGUUUACUCGGCUUGGAUUUCGCCAUUUGACUUUGGAUUUCUUGAUGAUAAAGAAGGCGCCCUACGGAUCUUUGACAACAUUGUCAAUGGCUUCUUUGCCAUUGAUAUUGUUUUAACCUUCUUCGUGGCGUACCUCGAUUCUCAGUCUUAUGUUAUUGUUGAUGAUCACAAGAAAAUAGCAUUAAGGUACCUAUCAACAUGGUUUAUUUUCGAUGUUAGCUCAACUGUGCCAUUUCGAUCUCUUAGCCUCCUUUGCACAGAUCGUAAAAGUGAAAUUGGGUUCCAAGUACUCAGCAUGCUUAGAUUAUGGCGUCUUAGAAGAGUUAGCUCCCUUUUCGCAAGGCUUGAGAAGGAUAUCCGCUUCAACUAUUUUUGGAUCCGUUGCACAAAGCUAAUCUCGGUGACUCUCUUCGCAGUUCACUGUGCGGGAUGCUUUAAUUAUUUGAUAGCGGAUAGAUAUCCGGACCCACGUAAAACUUGGAUCGGUGCGGUUUAUCCGGAUUUCAAAACAGAUAGUAUUUGGAACAGGUAUGUGACGUCACUGUAUUGGUCAAUUGUAACUUUGACCACAACUGGUUAUGGAGACUUCCAUGCUGAGAAUGCAAGAGAGAUGUUGUUCGAUAUUUUCUACAUGUUGUUCAACUUGGGAUUGACAGCUUACAUCAUUGGGAACAUGACCAAUCUUGUCGUUCAUUGGACUGGCCACACCAGAGAUUUUAGGGAUAAGGUGAGUGCUGCUUCAGAAUUUGCAAAACGGAAUCAUCUUCCUCCACAGAUAAAAGAUCAAAUAUUAUCUCAUAUAUGUUUGGAUUAUAAAACGGAGGGAUUAAAACAGCAAGACACUUUAAACUGUUUGCCAAAAGCAAUCCGUGCAAGCAUUUCACGCCAUCUUUUUUACCCAAUUGUGCAAAACGUUCAUUUGUUUCGUGGUGUUUCCCAUGAGUGCCUUUUCCAGCUGGUUUCUGAAAUGGAGGCAGAGUACUUUCCAUCAAAGGAAGUUGUGAUUCUACAAAACGAGACUCCAACGAAUUUGUACAUACUGGUUACCGGAGCAGUGGAUAUAAUUGCACAUAAUGAAGGCCAAGAUCAGGUGGUAGGAAAGGCUGUGUCAGGAGAAAUGUUUGGUGAAACGGGAGUUUUAUACAAUACGCCUCAGCCAUUCACAUUCCAAACAACUGAGAUUUCUCAGAUACUACGGAUGGAGGGUUCUGCAUUACUCAGGAUUAUUCACACAAAUACACAAGAUGGAUUCAUCAUCAUGAACAAUUUUUACAUGAAACUAAAAGGCCUGGAAAGCUUUGGACAUGCAAAUCAAGCUUUGGUUUCUAAAGAAGGUCAAACAGCUCUUCAUGUUGCUGUGAAGAAAGGGCAUUUAGAAAUGGUGAGACUUCUUCUAGAAGGAGGGGCAAAUGUGAACAAGCCGGAUUUACGAGGGUGCACACCAAAAACUUUAGCUCAACAGCAAGGAAACAAAAGCAUAUAUAACCUCUUAAUAAGCCAUGAAAAUAGAAGAAACGAACACAAAAUAGAAUUUGUGGAGCCCGAAACAAUAAAUACUACAACAUACUUACAUACAAUAAACCGGGACCCGAGUUGUUCCACCUCCUCUUCAGAGCCUACAGCAAGCAGUUCCACUUCCACCAGUCAAAAAGUCAAAAAGUCAAUGAGAAGGGUGACUAUUCAUGCAAAGUUUAAGAUGAAAAAAACAUCAGAAAAUCAGCUUCCAAAGCUCAUAAUCUUACCAGAUUCUUUAGAAGAAUUAUUGAUCUUUGCAGGUCAAAAGUUUGGAGGGUGUAAUUUUGUGAAAGUUGUGAACUCAGAGAAUGCAGAAGUAGAUGAUUUGAGUGUCAUAAGAGAUGGGGAUCACUUGUUUCUCCUUUCAAAUGAUUGUGAAUGUAGGGAUGAUUAUAAUGCGACUUAGAAGC